AUGGGGCCCUCACAGAGCAGCGUGGCAGCCACACUCACCCGGCCUCUUCAUUUCACCAUCCUGAAAGGAGCUGUCUCAAGAGCAGAUGAGAAUGGGCGCAGGGGAAGCAGGGCUUGGGGUCCUAGAACGAGCGUUCACACAGAGGUCUCCAGGCUGUACAGAGGGCUGCCGGCCGACAGAGUCUUGAUCCAGGGGAAUGACCUGAAGAAUGACGAGAGCUCUCUCACGGGGGAGUCCGACCACGUCCGGAAGUCCCUGGACAAAGACCUGCUGCUCUCAGGGACCCAUGUCAUAGAAGGCUCUGGCCGGAUGGUGGUGACCGUUGGUGUCAACUCGCAGACCGGGAUCAUCUUCACUCUGCUGGGGGCCAGUGAGGAUGACGAGGAGGAGAUGAAGAAGAAAGGUAAAAAACAAGGAGUCCCUGAAAAUCACAACAAAACAAAGACCCAGGACGCUGUGGCCCUGGAGAUCCAGCCACUCAGCAGCCAGGAGGGGGCCGACAACGAGGACAAGGACAAGAAGGCCAGCAAGGUGCACAAGAAGAAGUCGGUGCUGCAGGGCAAGCUGACGCGCCUGGCCGUCCAGAUCAGGAAAGCCGGUCUCAUCAUGUCCGCCGUGACCUUCGUCAUCCUGAUCCUGUACUUCAUGAUCGACAACUUCGUGAUCCAGGGCAGACCGUGGCUCACCGAGUGCACCCCCGUCUAUAUCCAGUACUUCAUCAAGUUCUUCAUCAUCGGCGUCACCGUGCUGGUGGUGGCUGUGCCCAAGGGGCUGCUGCUGGCUGUCACCAUCUCCCUGGCCAACUCUGUAAAGAAAAUGAUGAAAGACAACAACCUGGUGCGGCACCUGGAUGCCUGUGAGACGAUGGGCAAUGCCACGGCCAUCUGCUCCAACAAGACCGGCAUGCUGACCAUGAACCGCAUGACUGUGGUGCAGGCCUACAUUGGGGGCACCCACUACCACCAGGUGCCCAGCCCCGACGUCUUCCUGCCCAAGGUCCUGGACCACAUCGUCAAUGGCAUUGCCAUCAACAGCGCUUACACAUCCAAGAUCCUGCCUCCGGAGAAGGAGGGAGGCCUGCUGCGGCAGGUGAGCAACAAGACCGAGUGUGAUCUGCUGGGCUUUGUCGCAGAUCUGAAGCAGAACUACCAGGCGGUGUGCAACGAGGUGCCCGAGGAGCAGCUCUACAAGGUGUACACCUUCAACUCGUUGCGCAAGUCCAUGAGCACAGUCGUCCGGAAGCCUGCCGGCGGCUUCCACAUGUACAGCAAGGGCGCCUCGGAGAUCAUGCUUCGCAAGUGCAAUCGGAUCCUGGACAAGAAGGGGGAGGCGGUCCCGUUCAAGAACAAGGGCUGCUACGACAAGGUGCACAGUGUCAUUGAACCCAUGGCCUGCAAGGGGCUGCGCACCAUCUGCACAGCCUACUGGGACUUCGAUGACGCUGAGCCCUCCUGGGACAACGAGAGCAAGGUCCUCACCGAGCUCACCUGCAUUGCCAUCAUGGGCAUUGAGGACCCUGUGCACCCAGAGGUCCCAGAAGCUAUCGCCAAAUGCAAGCAAGCUGGCAUCACUGUCAGAAUGGUGACCAGGGACAAUGUCAACACAGCCCGAGCCAUCGCCACCAAAUGUGGCAUCCUGACAUCUGGUGAUGACUUCCUGUGCUUAGAAGGCAAAGAAUUCAACUGACUCAUUCGCAAUGAAAAGGGAGAGGUAGAACAAGAGAAGCUGCACAAGAUCUAACCCAAGCUUUGGGUCCUGGCCUGGUCCUUGCCCACAGACAAGCACACGCUGGUGAAAGGCAUCAUUGACAGCACCGUUGGGGAUCAGCGGCAGGUGGUGGCUGUCACCAGUGAUGGCACAAACGAUGGGCCGGCCCUCAAGAAGGCAGACGUUGGUUUUACCAUGGGGAUUGCAGGCACAGACAUGGCAAAGGAAGCCUCGGACAUCAUCCUCACUGAUGACAACUUCACCAACAUUGUCAAGGCCGUGAUGUGGGGGCGGAACGUCUACAACAGCAUCUCCAAGUUCCUGCAGUUCCAGCUCACCAUCAACAUGGUGGCCGUGAUCAUGGCCUUCACGGGUACCUGCAUCACUCAGGACUCCCCACUGAAAGCCAUGCAGAUGCUGUGGGUGAACCUGAUCAUGGACACUUUCGCUUCACUGGCCCUGGCCGCCGAGCCCCCCACCGACGCACUGCUGAGGCAGCGCCCCUACCGCCGAAACAAGCCCCUGAUCUCGCGGACCAUGAUGAAGAACAUCCUGGGCCACGCCGUCUAUCAGCUCACCGUCAUCUUUUUCCUGGUCUUUGCUGGUGAGAAAUUCUUCAACAUUGACAAUAGGAGGAAGGCCCCACUCCACUCGCUGCCCAGACAGCACUACACCAUCGUUUUCAACACCUUCGUGCUGAUGCAGCUCUUCAACGAGAUCAACUCCCGCAAGAUCCAUGGCGAGAGGAACGUGUUCGCCGGCAUGUACCACAACCUCAACUUCUGCUCGGUGGUCCUGGGCACGUUCAUCAGCCAGGUUCUCAUUGUGGAAUCUGGGGGCAAGCCCUUCAGUUGCACAAAGCUCAGCCUGUUGCAGUGGCUGUGGUGUCUCUUCAUUGGGAUUGGAGAACUCCUGUGGGGCCAGAUCAUCUCUACGAUACCCACGCAAUCCCUGAAGUUCCUGAAGGAGGCCGGGCACAGCACCACCAAGGAGGAGAUCAGCAAGGAUGCCGAGGGGCUGGAUGAGAUCGACCACGCCAAGAUGGAGCUGCGCCGAGGCCAGAUCCUCUGGUUCCAGGGCCUGAACCGGAUCCAGACCCAGAUCAAGGUGGUCAGAGCAUUCCAUAGCUCCCUCCACGAAAGCAUUCAGAAGCCCAGGAACCAGAACUCCAUCCACAACUUCAUGACCCACCCUGAAUUCGCCAUAGAUGAGGAGUCGCCGCAAACACCCUUCCUAGAUAAGCAGGAUGACAGUCUGCACGAGGCCCUGGACUCUGGGUCCAAGGUGUUCCCGCCGGACGGUGACAAAAACAACAACGCGGUGGACUGCAAGCCAUCGCCAGCCGCCGCAUCCCGCUCCGACAGCCCUCUGUACAGCCUGGAGACCUCCGUGUGA